AUGGACGUCGAAAGAUCGUCACUGUGCAAUUGCGUGGUGAACUUCCUGUUGGAGGAGAAUUACGUGCUCACCGCAUUCGAGCUUCUUCACGAGCUUCUCGACGACGGCCGCGACAACCAGGCCAUUCGCCUCAAACAAUACUUCUCCGAUCCCUCUCUCUUUCCACCUGAUCUCAUCUCUCGCCUCAGCUCUCUCCGAGUGGCUGAUCCUCAAACUUUGCUUGAAGAGAAAGAAACAGCAGUAGAAAAGUUAGCUAUUAGUGAUUAUGAAUUGCGUUUGGCUCAAGAAGACAUCUCAAAACUCAAGAGUGAAUUGCAGAAGAAGGCAGAAAACCGUAAUGAACUAAAUGCUGCAACGAUAAGUGGACAUGUUUCAGUGAAUGACGAGCAGAAAAUUGAACAAAAGAAGAAAUCUUCUUUCAGCAAUUUGGGUCCAUUAAAAGAAACAGAACGUCAGGAUCUUAACUGUGCUGUAAAGGAAUAUUUGCUUUUAGCUGGAUAUCGUCUUACUGCAAUGACAUUUUAUGAAGAGGUUGGUCCUUCUGAAUUGGCUUUUUUUUUGGAAAUUUUUUGUCCUUUAUCCUUUUUGGUUUGCAAUUGGGAAAUAAAGUGGUACUCUGACGUCAGCUGUAGUAGCUUCAUUAUGGAUCGUGAACCACUCAAAUAUGAAAAAGUCAUUCAUGGAAUACUGGAUUCGAAGGAGCCUCUUGUUGAGGAGGCAGCCAUGAGAUCCUAUCUUACACUUGAGGUUACAGACCAGGAUUUGGACAGUUGGCACAACACACUGGCAUCUGUACCUGAUGCCUUACGCCAUUAUUAUUAUCAGUAUCUUUCAUCAACAUCAGAGGCUGCUGAGGUGAUUUCUUAUCUUGAUUGUAUCAGAAUGCUUUAUGAGUCAUUUCCUUCUUCUGUCAUUAUGCUAGUUUCUGCUGAUGAUUGGUGUUUGGGUGAUAGAGAAAAGUUUUCCCUACUACGAGAAAAUGAAACUUUGCUGAAUGCAAAUAAGAGGCUGAAUCAAGAAAAGGGGAACUUGUUGAAGGACAAAGAUUUGGCUGAUGCUCAAAUAGUAACAUUGACUAAGUCCUUGGAUGCAAUGCAGAAGGAUCUUAAUGACAAAGAGAACCAGGUGCAAGUUUUGAAGCAAUCCUUGGAGCACCAAAGAAAGGAACUCGAUGAUUGCAGAGCUGAGAUCACUUCCCUGAAAAUGCAUAUUGAAGGGUCUCACUUGGGAAAUAAUCUAGUUGUCAGUGAAGCUAAUAUUGUUCAAUCUGAAUCUCUGGAGAAUUAUAAGGAAGAAAUUAGGAAAUUGCAGAUGGAAAAUGAAUUGUUGAAGGAAAAAAAUAUAAAAUCUCCUGAAUUAGGAGAUUUUGUUGGUUCUGAAAAUGGAAAUUUGCAUGAUAAAGCGAUUGAGAUUCAUGAAGACACAGGUGAACUCUCUAACACUGUUGAUGUGGAUUUGGGCGUUGACCACAAAAAAGAUGCUCAAUCACCAGCUGUUCCGACUCUUAAUCAGUGUGAUGAUAAAGAUGAGGAUACAUUGCCUCAGUUUUUUAAUCCUGCAAAUACAAAUAGUACUGUUGAAAAUAUCAAAAACGUCUCUGAACAAAAUGUUGGGCUACAAGCAGAGAAUAGCAGCUUACUUUUAAAAUCAGACAGUGUGAAUGAUGAAGCAAUAUCUGAAAGGACGGGGUUAGGCACCAUUCAGAUACUUGCAGAUGCUUUGCCUAAAAUUGUUCCGUAUGUCUUGAUCAACCAUCGAGAGGAACUCCUUCCCCUAAUAAUGUGUGCAAUUGAGCGUCACCCAGAUAGCAGCAUUCGAGAUUCUUUGACCCACACAUUGUUUAAUUUAAUAAAGCGUCCAGAUGAACAACAGAGACGAAUAAUAAUGGAUGCUUGUGUCAGCCUUGCAAAGAAUGUUGGAGAGAUGAGAACAGAAACAGAAUUGCUUCCACAGUGUUGGGAACAAAUCAGUCACACAUAUGAGGAGCGUAGACUGCUUGUUGCUCAGUCAUGUGGAGAGCUUGCAGAAUUUGUACGGCCAGAGAUUCGAGAUUCUCUUAUUUUGUCUAUUGUGCAGCAACUGGUUGAAGAUUCUGCCAGUGUAGUUCGUGAGGCUGCUGCUCGUAAUCUGGCCAUGCUUCUUCCACUUUUCCCAAACACGGAUAAAUAUUUCAAGGUGGAGGAUAUGAUGUUCCAAUUGGUGUGUGAUCCAUCAGGAGUGGUGGUGGAAACGGCUCUCAAGGAAUUGGUUCCUGCAGUUUUGAAGUGGGGGAACAAAUUAGAUCAUGUUUUGAAAGUUUUGCUUUCUCAUAUUAUAAACUCUGCCCUGCGUUGCCCACCUCUUUCUGGAGUUGAAGGAUCUGUUGAGUCAAAUUUGCGAGUCUUGGGUGAAAGAGAACGCUGGAAUAUAGAUGUUCUGUUGAGAAUGCUGGCAGAAUUGCUUGCUUUGGUGCACCAGAAAGUAAUUGAGACAUGCCCUUUUUCAUCCACUCCAGAAACUACCCAAGCUGGGCUAUCAACUAUUUUGCUUGAAUUGUAUGCUAGGGGGCAAGUUGAAUGGGAUGCCUUUGAAUGGAUGCAUGUUGAGUGCUUUCCUAAUUUGAUAAAGCUGGCUUGUUUGUUACCUCAGAAAGAAGAUAAUUUACGAAGUCGAAUUUCAAAGUUUCUGUUAUCUGUUUCUGAAAGUUUUGGGGAUUCCUACAUGACAUGCAUAAUGCUACCAGUAUUUUUAAUAGCAGUUGGAGAUGAUGCCGAUUUGACAUUUUUACCAACUUCCAUCCAUUCAAGAAUUAAAGGUUUGAGACCAAGGUCUGCUAUUGCCGCUAGGCUUUCGACAAUGUGUGUCCUUCCGCUUCUAUUGGCAGGGGUUUUGAGUUCUCCUGGAAAACAUGAACAAUUAGCUGAAUAUUUGAGGAAGCUGCUACUAGAAGAUAAUUCCGUGCAGAAUCCAUCAACCAAUCACAUUCCUGAGAUUAUUAAUGCUAUCCGCUUCGUUUGCAUAUAUGAAGAAAACCAUGGUAUGAUAGUUAAUAUACUAUGGGAAAUGGUUGUCAGCUCGAAUGCGAGCAUGAAAAUAAAUGCCGCUAAGCUGCUGAAAGUUAUUGUGCCAUACAUUGAUGCAAAGGUUGCUUCAACUCAUGUUUUGCCUGCCCUAGUUACUCUUGGAUCUGACCAAAACCUGAAUGUUAAGUACGCCAGCAUAGAUGCAUUUGGUGCUGUGGCUCAACACUUCAAAAAUGAGAUGAUUGUUGACAAGAUACGUGUUCAAAUGGAUGCUUUUCUUGAUGAUGGUUCCCAUGAAGCUACUAUUGCUGUUAUUCGCGCUUUGGUGGUUGCGAUUUCCCAACUAACAGCUAUGCCGAAUUCAGCAAGUGAUUUGAUGCGUCGAAGGGAGCGAGCCAAUGCAUUUUGUGAGGCAAUCCGUGCUCUGGAUGCUACAGAUCUUCCUGCAAACAGUGUUCGGGAUUACUUCCUGCCCACUAUACAGAAUCUCUUGAAAGACCUGGAUGCACUAGAUCCGGCACACAAAGAAGCCCUUGAAAUUAUUAUGAAGGAAAGAUCAGGAGGAACUUUUGAGACUAUUAGUAAGGUGAUGGGGGCUCAUAUUGGCCUUCCAUCAUCAGUCACCAGCUUCUUUGGUGAGGGUGGGUUGCUCGGAAAGAAAGAAAACGCAGAGCCACCAUCAGAAGCUAACGUGUCUCCCAAAGUGACCUCACCAUCACCAGUAGAAGACACUAGAUUCAAGCGGAUCAUGAUGGGAAAUUUUAGCGAGAUGAUUCGUGGCAAGGCAAAAGCCCCAGAGGAAGGUCACAAUCAGUAA